GAGCCAAAACGUCCGAGUACCAAGGCGUUCAUGAUCCAAGACCUCCUGAGAUCAAACAGCUCUCAGCUGCUCUUGGACUCUGAGGAUGAGCUGGCACUCCAGACACUACUUGUGGACGAAAAGAGGGCAUGGCUGAUGGCAGGCGCUAAGGACCACAUAUUUUUGCUCAACCUUGACAGCCCCAACAAAGAGCCGCAGAAGAUUUUCUGGCCAGCUCCUAGAGAUCAAAUGGAGCACUGCAGACUGGCUGGGAAGAAUCCUAAGAUGGAAUGUGCCAAUUUCAUCCGCUUUCUCCAGCAUUUCAACAGCACUCAUGUGUUUGCCUGUGGAACAGGCUCCUACCAGCCCAUAUGUGCCUUCAUAUAUCUCAGAGCUGGAGUGGAGGAACCAGUGGUGCCAGCUAUGCAGCUGGUGACAUCCUCCAUAGAAUCUGGAAGAGGCAAGUGUCCAUACAGCCCCCAUGAGCCUUUCACAGGGCUGCUCAUAGAUGGGGAGUUUUAUUCAGGCACUUCUGUUGACUUCAUGGGCAGCAGUGCUGCUUUUUUCCGUACACAGCUUGACAGGGUUGACCAGAACUACAUCCGGACAGAACAGAACCAGGAUUACUGGUUAAAUGAGCCUGUGUUUAUUGGUGCCUAUGCUAUUCCCGACACCUACAACCAUGAUGAUGAUAAGGUGUACUUCUUUUUCCGGGAGACUGCAGUGGAAGCUGGACAGUGGGAGAGAAGGCGAAUCUAUACCCGGGUGGCACGGGUCUGCAAGAAUGAUGUUGGUGGGAAGCACAGCCUCAUCAAUCGUUGGAGCACAUUCCUAAAAGCCCGGCUGGUUUGCUCCAUUCCAGGUCUGCAGGGCACCGAAACACACUUUGAUCAGCUGGUCUUCAAGGCAUUUCUAGCAGCCAGCCACAGACCUCCUCAUCUCAUGUGUUCCCCGCCCCAAUGUUUCUUUCCAGAGGAUGUAUUCCUCCUUCACACCCGUAAUGCACAGAACCCUCUCGUUUAUGGCCUCUUCACAGUGUCAAGUGGCAUUUUUAGUGGUUCUGCUGUGUGUGUUUACUCUUUGGCAGCCAUUCGGGCUGCUUUCAAUGGACCCUUUGCACAUAAAGAAGGCUUGGACUAUCAGUGGGUGGAAUUCAAGGGACGGAUCCCCUACCCCCGCCCUGGAACGUGUCCCAGCGAAACAUAUGACCCACUCCUCCAGUCAACAAAGGAUUUCCCUGAUGAAGUGAUUGGCUUCAUGCGCACCCACCAUCUGAUGUGGGACCCCGUCUAUCCACUCCAUUGGAAGCCUGUUCUGAUGAGAGCCAAUGUAGCCUUCCAGAUCAAGCAGAUACUGGUGGACAGAGUGGAGACAGAGGCUGCUGUUGAUGUCCUCUUCCUUGGAACAGAUGAUGGCAAAGUACUAAAAGUGGGGAUUGCUGGCAUAGGAGGCCAAGACCCUCAGGAAAUUAGCUUGGAAGAGAUCAGUGUUUCAAAGAUGUCUUUGGCCAUCUUAGACAUGCAGUUUUCUCCUAAGAGGCAGGAGGUGUUUGUGAGCACCACAAAUGGCCUGGUCCGGUUCUCCCUGUAUCGCUGUGAACACUAUGGCAAAACCUGCACCGAAUGCUGCUUGGCUAGAGAUCCCUACUGCACCUGGGAUGGCAGGUCCUGCAGGCCCUACUUGCUCACCAAAAAAAGGCGAGCCCAGUGCCAAAAUUUGCUGGAGGCCAAUCCAAUCAGCCAGUGCCAGGACACUGCAAAAGGAAUAUCUAUGGCUGAAGAAAAGGUGGUGUUUGGUGUACAGAACAACUCAACUUUUCUUGAGUGCCUUCCACAUUCCCCACAGACGGCUAUCCGUUGGCUUGUGCAGCGCAGCAAUGCACCAGUCCUAGAGGAGAUUGGGAGCAUGGGCCGCUUUUCAAUCCUAGAGCAAGGGCUGCUGAUUAAUCAGCUGACCCAGGAGGAUGCUGGGCUCUACCAGUGCCAAGGGAUGGAGCACUCCUUCUCCCAAACCCUCACCUCCUACAGCCUGCGCAUCAUCGGGCACCAGGCCAUGGAGGCUUUCACCACCAGGCGGAGCAAGAGCACAGAAGAAGCAGGAGGCCCGUACGGCACCAUCCCUGCAUCAGCGCCAGAGCUGCAGCUGCAUUACAAAGGGUACUCAUGGGCCAUGGGCGCCCCUGGCACUAAUUUGGAUGAGCUUUGCGAUGCUCUCCAGCGGAGGAAAAGGCGGAGACAGAAAGGAUGGAGCCCAAAGUGGCAGCAGCAUCCUUUACAAAGCAAGAGAGGCAGAGUCCGUCGGCAGCCUGGGCCCCCGUAAUGUUAUGCAAGGAACUCAAACGGACUCAGCAGGCACUCUCUGGAGACCUUUCGCAGCCAAGAGCCCUUCACAGACACAUCUGCUGCAUUUAUGACCUCCAGAGCCUGCCCACUACAGAAAGGCCAGUGAGUCCUUUCUCAAGCUGAAGCUCUGGGUUUUUGCCUUCUUCCUCCCCUUGGGUACCAGAGGAAGGAAUAUAUUUGCAAAGUGUGCAAAGUAGACAAGGCAGCCUGAGGAGUGCAGUGGGAUCACCUUUCCCAGCCUAUGUCAUGUGGGAUGGACUGACCAGCCUGGUUUGCCUUGUGAUACCACGACUCCUCUGUAAAGCUUGGACAAGAGAGCUUUACGCUCUUGACAUAUCAUAUAACACAUAUUUUGUAGUUGUCUUCACUUUGUUUUCCUAAUAAAUGGUGUCCAUUAAAGAUACCGGGG